UUUCGAGAACGCACCAGUCCAAGUGCUGAGACACGAUGGCUUCGUUUUGACGAACUGAUCCUGCUAUAUAGUCUUGCCAUCAAUCCGCACAGUGUUGUGACUCAGACCUUUUCUUCACAGAACGGCUGGCCUUUUCCCAACUACCUGGGAGCAUGCGGCCAAUGGAUAAUCGAAGGAGAUUCGGGUCGGCCGCUUCCCAGCUACUAUGGAGCUAAAUAUAGGAAUAAUGAGGAUGUGGAAUUCUGGGAUGAAGGAUUGGAAAAGUGGACUCGGAUAUGCGUCGGCAACGGAUACUCGAGAGCAGUAACACAAAGAAACAUAAGAACCGUGAAAAGCCGAUGGCAGAACGAAGACUAUGAAAGAACAGUAAGAACGGAGGAUUGA